AUGAAUGGUUUCCAGUGGUUGCCGGGCGGGGUCUGCGGCGAGGGUGGCGAAGGUGCCAUUCGCCGUUCCCGCGGCAAGCGCAUCACGCAGCGGCGCGGUGCUAUCAAACACCAUAAGAUCCACGAAGUAAACGGGCAUUGUUUCGUGGCAAAGUUCUUCAGACAGCCGACAUUCUGCGCAUUCUGCAAGGAGUUCCUAUGGGGCUUCGGCAAGCAAGGCUACCGGUGCUCCGUCUGCCAGACGGCUGUCCACAAGAGAUGCCACAACAAGCUGCUCGGAAAAUGUACGGGCUCAUCUGCACACUCAGAAACCACUGUGUACCUCCGCGAGAGGUUCAAGGUGGACGUGCCGCAUCGGUUCCGGCCGCACCAGUUCAUGUCGCCCACCUUCUGCGACCACUGCGGAGCCAUGCUGUACGGCUUCUUCAAGCAGGAGCUCAAGUGUGAAGGUACGACGCCUGCCAAAUGUUUAAGAUAA